CGCAUGCUACGCUCCGGGCUGCCCGUGGUGAGGCCCAGGAUUCGCGGGAACAAGCACGCCACACUGGGCCAUCCGGUGUCGCAUCAGGAUGACCUGGUCGCCGAUCAUUUCCACUUCGACGCCUAUCACAGCGGUUCCAAAACACUGCCGAAAAUCAGGGCACCGCCGCCGCCACACGUGCCUCCGCCGUUGCUUCUUCAAUCACGUCACCUCGAAAGACACCACUCUGCCCAAGAGAUAGAGAACAAUCAGAAUCAGAGCAACGUGGACGAGAAUCCCAUACCGUUACCGCCCAGAGACAGGUCCAAGACGUUGCAGCCGAAGUCCAGCUUGCCCAGGCAUCAGAGGAAACACCCUCUGAUUAUACCAGGUGGCGGAGUAACCAGAACCUUGGCCAAAAUGGCGGUCACCACGCCGCCUAUCGAGGACCAGGUGGAUGGAAGUUUGCAGUGCACGAGCUCCUCCAUAGCCAGCAGCUUGUUGCACGAGGGUUACUCGUCGGAGAAUUCAGCCAACAGUCCAGAGGAAUUCGAGCAACGUAUCGAUUCCGAAUUAGCUGCGUUAGACUCGUUGCCGGCAGACGAGAACAGGCUGCACCGUUUCAGCGUGAUCUCCGAGGAUUUGCUCGAGUUCUCCGACAACUUGGCCGACUGCGACACCCCAGACUGCCGGCAGAACGCGCAGGAGAACAGCGACGUACAGUCGAGCGACUCCUCCAUCGAACGACUCCAGAGGAAGGUCAGCGUAGAGUCGAAAACGUCCGUCAGAAGCUCCGCUUCGAAGUAUGUCCAAGAGAACGAGACCGGCGAGGCGAGUAGAAAUUCAACGCCGUCGGAUUUGAACCUGAAGCCGGAAGAUUCGGUGGCCCAUGGGAAAGGCGAUCUCCACGGGUCUAACAAACUCCAAGCGGCCAAGAGAACUCCGUUGGUUCAGAGGCCCUCAAAUUACAUGAUGCAGUUCGAUUACGGGGAAUACUCGGAGAACAGCUUACAAUCGCGGUGCAAACUGCAACCAGAGAUGUCGAAAGAAUCCUCCGUUACUAACUCGAAUGACAGUUUUCACUCUGCAGGUCUGACGGACACCUACAACAGGUUGUCCAACGAGAAGCUACCGGGACACGCGAGCGACCUGUCGCGACAGUCCGAUCAUGUUUCCUGCGAGGAUCUGUUGGAGUUCGCCUGUGACGGGCCGAACGCGAGGAGGACCCGCGGACCUCGAAACGGAGAGCAGUCUGACGAGGUCAGGAUCAUGAUGAAGGUGCUCCACGAGCAGUCCACCCCGGAGUCGUGCAUAGCUGCGUUGAACGUUACUGACUGGGAUGUGCUGGCGGCGAUUAAGCUGGAGCGUCUUCAGGGGUUACUGAAAAAGGAGAACAACUUCGUUGGGCUGGAAGAUUGCAAGGUCAUGCUGAAUCAGUGUGGCGGUGACGUGGUGAAGGCGGCCGCAUUGUUGAGAAGCACCGACGAUACCGCUGCGGUUUAAUUGAGAUUUGUUUUCUGUUUUUUCUUUGACAAUCUCUGGAAAGUUGAGGCGUUUCAAUGGAACAUUGUACGCUUACGCGGGUGGGAUUAAGUUGAAAUAGCAUUUUCAAAUGUUGGAAUGCCCUUCCGUUUUUCAUGCCCGCGCGUAGGCGAACUCGUACGACGAUUUAUUUAUUACUUUAGAGUUAGAGUGAGAUUAUAGCGUUUGAAUGUAUCGUGACGUAGGGCAGGAUAGACGUUUUGGUAGAAUCCUUGCAAAGAAGUGGCAUACACGAUUGUCCAUCAGAAAAAGGAGAGAAGAAAUGACAAAUUAUUUUUACCACUGAUCGUAUUGAAACGAAUGUUCAAGACAAAUUGUGAGUUGUAAUUAGUUUCUUUGGUAAUUUAGUAAUAUCGUGCUGGAUGUGAGUUGUUACAAGGCUAAGUUGUUAAGUCUGGUGAAUCUGUCCGUUUGAAUGCUUCCUAAAAUUCUGUGCAAGGUAAUUGCAUUUUGUUUUGGACAUUUUAGUAGCUUCCAAAAGCUAAGCAUCUUUUUUUCUGAUGGACCAACGGGAUAAUAGCUUUUUCUUUUUUAUUUAAUUAAGCGAGAAAGAGAUACAUCACUUUCUUCCUCUUCUUCGUCUAAUACGAACGUAAUGUGAUAAUUUGCACAAUAAACGUAUCGCUGAUCAGGUUUUUUGUGAUCGGAUAAAUCGUAUGUAGCGGAAGCGUAACUGAAUAUAUGCGUACAUACAUAUAUUUUGCAGCUUCAAUUAGGCAAAUAUUAAGAGAAAGUAUUACGAAGCCUAUGACUAAGUAGCGAAUUAAUCCUUGCAUCGUGGUUACGAUGAUCAAAGACUCUCUAUAAAUUAUCUUUAUCCUUUGUUUGUUAUAUUUCUCUCUUUGUUAUUUAAGAAAUUGUGUAUUUUAUACGAGACAAUCGUUUGGUAUCGUCAUCAACACGAUCUGCAAAAACAAUUCGAAAACCAUUUUAUUUUCUUCACUGUUCGGAACACAAGAAGAUAAAAGGGGGAGGAAAAAAAAAAGAAAAAGAAAAGGAGAAGAGAAGGACGUUUUUACUUUCACGUUAGAAAAACGAGUUUCGAUUCCAAAGAUAAUAUUCACACGGUAUUAUUAUUUGGGUAUCACACGCACCGUAGAUUAGUGUUCGAUCGUAUUCAUCGUAUGCAUCGAAUGAUUUCUGUAAACCAAGUCGCUCCGAAUGAAAAGCGGUGAAACUAUUUUAUUUUAUAUUAAGCGCGAUAUUUGUAUCCGAUAAGCGAUAGAUCUUACAAUUAAACACGUCGUGUGCGCGUAAUUAACGCAAAAAUCAGCACAAAUGAUAGAGAGAAAGAGAGAGAGAGAGAGAGAGAGAGAGAGAGAGAGUGAGAGUGAGAAUGAGAAUGAGAGUGAGAGUGAAAGGUACAUGAGAGAGAACACCGUUUGUUAUAUCGAUAUUUUUACUCCAAUUCAAUAUCCAAAACCUUGGAUUGACAAUGAAAAACAUUUUGUAGUUCGUACUAGAAAGAGGGGAAUCUUUUUUUUUUUUUUGUAUUUUUUUGACCCGGUAGUAGGGUAUGAUAAGCACCAAAUAUGUAUGGAAUCUUUGUGUUCAAUAAGAUUGAUUUUUAUAUUUUGCUAGAUAGAUUUUGCUUUCGUGUUGUAACCUUGUUAUAAGUUUUGUAAAAGAUGUCUAAUUUAAUUUGUCUGGAGAGGGAAGAGAGGGGGAAAAGAGGAAAUUAUCAUUGGAAAAAAAAAAUUGAAUGAAAUUCAUCUUGUUAAUCAUAACGUUUGCUUGAUAAUCUCGACGAUAGAGAUCAGAGAUUCAUGGCUUUUGGCUCGAUAAGCUACUCUCUAGGUAGAACAAAUUUCAUUUUUUUUUUUCUCUCGUGUGCAACAUCUCCAAGAUCGUGCAAAUCUCAGUUCUCCAAUUUCUACAGCCAGGAGCUAGUUUCUAGCCUGGAUUUUGGAUUGCACGUUCUUCGUGAUGCAGGGUAUGUUUGAAAAUGUUCACAGACACACACACAUACACACAUACGUACAUACACAUACACACACAUAGUAGUUCGAUGAAUCGAGUAACAUAUCCGGUAAUAGAACUCGUUCGAACCACAGCAAAAUUGUAAAACACUUUGAUUGAGAAAUAUUUUUCCACGUGUCUGUGCGUUUUUUACGGGAACUUUUUCUACAAACCCUCUUCCUUUGGACAGUUUUGCUGUGGCCGAGGCGAGCUCGAGGAACAAAUUUGCUCACUGUAAUUCGCGUAGCUGACUAGUGACGCACGCGUCUGUAAUGUUUUAUUGCGGAUAUUAUGGAUAUUAGACGGGAAGGAAGAGAAACGAAUAGACUGUGUUUCAUGAAAUAGAUUGGAAGAUGAGCGAUUGGAGAUCCUUGCCGACCGUACUUUUGGUAUCCCUCAACGAAACCAAACAUAGGAGCUUACGGAAAUCAUCUAAGUAAUGAUUACUUAGUCCCUUUUUGUAUUAACAUUGAACAAUAAGGUUUUCGGUUCCUGAAUAAAAAUACACGCAUCUUGUAUUUUUUUUUUUCUUUUUUUUUUCUGCUGAACGACGUUUCACAUCGCGUGUUGGCUUCAAGAACAUUACCAGCGUUCCAUCGGUCCAUCAGGGGCUGAAAGAUUGAGAAAAUCAAAAUAUCAGGGCAUUAAAAUUGAGAAACCUUAGACGAUAAAGAUGCAUCGUUCAGGAUAGUCGGAAUAUUCUUAGGCUGUAGAUCAACGUGAAUCGACUCUUCUGACAUACAGCAUACGUUUUCCCCUUGAAUCAUUUAGUUGUAUAAAAAGUUGAUUAACAAACGAUCUUCCAUUCGUACUGUUUGAUCAAACUCUUCGAAUGCGUUUCAGUGUUCUGUAAAUAAGGUCUUGGUGCAGGAUCUUCUGCAAUUAUCACGGACUAUGUAUCGUAGCCAAGAAAUAGAAGGCAGGAGGUGGAAGGUUUCUUCUUCGUCUCUUGAGCUAACACGUCGAUCGAAACGAGGACCUAGAGAUAAACGAUAAAGUUUCAGUAUGAAGAGAUCGAUUAUUUUUGCGCAGGAAUCACAGUUAGAAUUAGAAGUUGAUUUUGAUAGAAGGUAUAAAUUCACCUCUUCAGUUUCUUUUUUUCUUUUUUUUUUUUUUGUUUUUGUUUUCCGAGCCAGCGUACUUAGUCGAUUCUCGACACGGAAGAAAGACUCGCGUGAUACCUUGAGGAUAUCUCGACAGGCAGAGCUUUUCGCAGGAUCUUCUCGAAUUUUACGCAAGAUCGUUUGCAAGCGAUAAGAAGAGCUCUACGCGCUAACGAGCACGCUUCCUUUGCGCGGAUGAACCUGGCGACCUCGUUCGCCGUGGCGGUAGGAUGGGGGAGGAGGGGAGGGGUUUAUAGGAAAACGAAGAUCGCCAAAAUUCGCGGCGGGGGGAGGGGGAGAGAAUCGACGCCCCUUGUGGCAAUAGCAGUAAGUUGAUCCUAAUAGCCUGUUUUUUUUAUACGCGACCUUGUACUACGAUAAGGCAAUACACGUUUGUACGUCUCUACAUGUAUGGAUUAUUAUCGCGCGGAAAACACGAGGACGUUUUAUAUCGACUGUAUUUACAAUAAUAUAUACACAUUCAUAAACGGA